AUGAACAAAGAACAAUUAAUCAAAUGGAUAUCUAAUGUUAUUAAAACUAAAAUAGUAAAGAGAUAGGGUUAAAAAGUUUAUGAAUUAGAAGCAAAAAUUGGAAAAUUUAAAGGAUAAAAUUAUAAUGCAAAUAAAUAUUUGGAAUCCAUUAAUGGAAUGGAAUAAUUAGAUAAAAAUAAUGCAAAAUAUUAAUUUGAAUCUAAGAUAAAUUAAAAAUAGUAUAAUAAUGCAUAUGAUUAUAUAAAAUAAAAGGAAAAUUAAGUUGUAAUAAAAAGAUUAGAUUUUUCAUUAAAUAAACAGCAAAGGAAUUCAUUUUAAAUAAUAGAUAAUAAACUAUCUGCUGUAUUGAUUGAAAAAUAAAAAAAUUUAUAAGAACAUAUUGAUAUAAUAAAUGACAAGAUUCAUUUUCGUAUAUCUUUAAAUUAAGAAAAAACUUUAUCAAAGAGUCUCAAAGAUAUUAUUACUCAAAUGCCUUCAAGAAAAUAAAAUACAAAUUUUAUAAGAUUAAAGGAGACAUUAUUUGUAAAAGAGAACAAUUUGGAAUUUGCACUUUCUAAGGUUGCUUCAAUAGUAAAAUAUGAUCCAGAAUUUUAAAAGAUUCUUGAUGAAAUAUCUUAAUCAAGAUGCACAAAUAUAUAAACAAAAUUAGAAUAAAUAUUUAAAGAUUAAAAUUUAACAGAUUAUGAAUUUGAAAUAGAAAUAGAAUAAGUUUCAGAUUUUAAUGAUGAAUAAAUUGAGAAUUUAUCAAAAUAAUUUUUACAAUAAGUAGAUAUUUUUUGGAGUGUUUUUAAUUUAAAAUAAGUUGAAGAAGAGUAGAAACCUGAAAAAAAAAUAAAAAAAGAAUGA